AUGUCAUGGAUACGGGUAGUGGUUGUCGGAGGCAAGGCGGAGGUGAAGGAAGUGCUUCUUCACCAUAGUUUCCGCAACACCCUUCAUGCUUCCUACCUGGCAAUCUAUGGCGAUGCACUAAAUGACUCGCCAUGUCAUUCCCGCCUCAGGAAGACCACUGCUGAAGAAGUGAGUGAAGUUUUGUUUGUGUACCGGCGGUGUCUGUACUGCAACAAGGGAGAGGCGGAUAUCCGGCUGCUUCCUCACUGGAACCUCUCAUUAUUCACUCAAACCAGUGAUCACUUAUUUCAUGAGCAGUUUCACAACUUUAUGGGACAUACGUUUCGGAUAUCAAGCUUAAACUACUUUCCUUACAUGGAUUAUAAGCGGGAUCGUGAUGGAGCAGGAACCACAGUGACUCCCAGUGACUGUCUGGACGCCAGACUUCUCUCUCUUUUUGCUGACAGACUCAAUUUUAGCUUUGACAUCCGCGAACAGCCUGAACGGUCUUAUGGUGCACUGACGAAUGGUGGUUUUACUGGGAUGGUCGGCCAACUACAGCGUGAAGAGACGGAUCUUUGUUUGCCCAUGGGACCACUUUCUGAGCGGGUCCCUGUGAUGGAGUUCCAGAGUGCAUACAAACUUGACGCGAUAACUAUUGUAUCCUUGAAACCCACUCUCUUGCCACAACACCUCUCGAUUCUAAGGCCAUUUUCACGUAAGUAAUAUAUA